GUCAUGAGGGUUAUGAGGGAGGAGACAGAGGAAACAGCAGAUAAAGGUGCAGGACUCGGCAUCUCUGCGAAGUCCGGUCAGAGCCGCCGCUCCUCAAGGCUCGCCUGCCAGCGAAGACCCCGCAAGCACCAGUCAGUGUUUCCGAUCUGAACUUAUAAAUCAAUUACCGAAUGAUGCAUUUUCACGUUGACUGCAGGUGACCUGCAUCAAAGCCAGCGAACAAGUUACAAAUGUAACAUCCUGCAUCAAAAAAGUGCCUGAUUGAUGAAUUUCCAGUAGAAAACAAUUAGGCCAGGACUGUGACUCGGCUCACGAUGUCGGAUUCUGACUACCAGAGGCUGAUGCAGUUUAACAAGACCUUCCACCGCUGUUAUGUGGAUCCCUCUUGCGACCACACACAGCUUCUGUACCACAACGUGACUGAAGUCAACGACCUGAAUCUCCCCGGAGAUGGAUCCCCAUUUCUCCGCACCGCCAUUUCCCUGGUGUACUGUGCAGUUUGUGCAGUUGGCAUUGUGGGUAACGCCCUUGUGCUGUUCCUCCUCCACUCCAGUAGGAGCACCAACAAGAGCACCAUCAACUUUUUUGUCUUCAACCUGGCUGUCACUGACCUCCUCCUUUCUAUGGUCUUGCCAUUCUGGGCAGUAGAUGUAGCUCUGGACUACAGCUGGCCGUUCGGCUGGUGCAUGUGCAAGGUGAUGUCAUUCUUAACCUCGCUGAAUGUCUACGCCAGCGUCUUCUUCCUGACCGCCAUGAGUGUAACGCGCUGCUGCUCAGUGGCCACUGCCCUCAAACCAGUCAAACCAGUAUGCCAGAGGAUGUGCACAGUGAGGCUCAUGACAAGCCUGAUCUGGUUGGGGGCUCUGCUGUCGGCAACCCCCAGUGCCGUGUUUGCAGAAGUAUCUGCAGUGGGGGUGGACCAGGCCUGUCUCCUCCGCUUUCCUCAGGGCACUUUUUGGUUGGCCGUUCACCAACUACAGAGAGUAGCGCUGGGUUUUCUGAUCCCAUACAUAGUAAUCGCCCUCUCCUACAUUCUCCUUCUGCGUUUCCUUUGCAAACAGCCUCUCACUGGUGCCAACCACCUUCGCCAAGCCAAAGUGUCUCGGUCAGUUGUGGUGGUGGUUUUGUCAUUCUGCACCUGCUGGUUCCCUAACAACAUCAUCACUUUCUGGGGUGUCCUGAUCAAGCUGGACCUUGUGGAGUUGAGCAAAUCCUACUACUUAACUCACACUUACAUCUUUCCUCUGGCCACCUGUCUGGCUCACAUCAACAGUUGCCUAAACCCAGUCAUCUACUGCUUGAUGAGGAAGGACUGUCGCAAGGGGCUUAGCAACCUCCUCUGGAAGUCUAGUUUCUCAACUCUCUCCAAGGCCUGUCUUUCAGCUAUAAGAUACAGCCAUGUCAAGGUCCAGGAGGAAUAUUUUGCAGUCCCAUGCAACACAGUGGAGAGCCAGACCGCUACGUCAUACUCCAAGAAGCUUGCACAAGCCUGCAUGACACUCUCUAUCGCCCACACCCCGAAGAGCUCUUCCCCACUGGACAACUCAUAACCCAUCCAUCCAUCCACUUUCCAAACCACAUAUCCUACUGGAUUGCGGGGGGUCCGGAGCCUAUCCCGGAAGCAAUGUGCACGGGGCAGGGAACAACCCAGAAUGGGGGGCCAGCCCAUCGCAGGGCACACUCACAUAACAUUCACUCACACAUGCACUCGAAUUAGCCUCAGCAUGUUUUUGGACUGUGGGGGGGAACCGGAGUACCCGGAGGAGACCCCACGACGACAUGACGAGAACCUGCAAACUCCACACACAUGUAACCCAGGCGGAGACUCGAACCCGGGUCCCAGAGGUGUGAGGCUUCAGUGCUAACCACUGCACCACCAUGCCGCCGCACAACUCAUAACCUUCCAUCUUAAAAGAAUCUAGCAGCCUUAGUCACUUUAAUGUAACAAAUGUUUAUAAAGAAACUGCAUCUGACAAAGCAAGUUUAUUGUACUGUUAGUUAGUUUUAUGCUUUAAAAUAUAUGCACAUCAUAUACACAUUAUUUCAUGCAAUGUCCAAACCAGUAAUAAAUCAAUAAAAUGUAAAAUUUCGAAACCGGAAUCCAAUAUUGAGUUUUUCUGGUUCGGGUGGACUUAAAUUUAAGACUUUAAUGGCACACAGAAUACUUUAAUGCAACACAGAAUUAACUCUUACACUGGCAUAUCCAGGAGUCGGUUUUCCCCACAGUAACAAUUUCAUGCACAUCACGCGCGCUGAAGCUUAAAGCCGAUAAGCCCCUCACCUCCCAUCCCUCAAUAUUCAAUUUAGUAAUGAGAAGCAAAAUGUUAAAGCAAGUAGGGAGUGCCCAGACUUUUUUAAUGAAUCUUUAUUUUGACUCAAGCAAUGAAUUAUAACUUCAUAUAACAGUCACCACAGGCCAAAAUGCAAUAAUCAUUGUCAGAUUCCCAAAUUAAAGUUUUGAUACACUGCAGGGUAUUACUUCUUAAAAGGGGAAUGUUCUAGUUGCAGUACUUCUCUGGUGGUGCAGUGCAUUAUAAUCAGAAUGCAGAUUAUUUGUCAGCAGUAUUACUGAGGCGGUCGCAGGCUUGAGUUCACUUACCUGGACUGAUGAAGGGUAUCUAACGUCGAUGUUUCCUGACUGCAGGAGCUGGACAAAGAUUUUCUGCAGAAACAAAAGCAGCAUCAAACACUCAAAAAGAUUUUAUGAGCUUUGGUUUCAGGAAGGACAUCGAUCUGCACAGCUGUCAGAUUUUCCAUAAUAUGUGUAAGGAAAAAGUGUAGAUGUGCCCAGUUACGUAUCGUUAAUGUUAAUAUGUUCAUGUGGUGUUAAUUGGUUUUCUUUGCUGUGUCUGAAAAUAAAAACCACGACAUUAUUAAUUAUCCUGUAACAUUGUUAUGCAUUUAAUAUUUAGCAUUUUUUGUAAAUAUCUGUAAAUAUACAGUUGUGGAAAACAAUUGAGAACACAACAUCAUUUUUUGUUUCAUUUCUCAGUUUAUGGGUGUACUUCAAUGAAUAUAUAUAUAUAUAUAUAUAUAUAUAUAUAUAUAUAUAUAUAUAUAUAUAUAUAUCAAACUGCAGCCUGUUUUUUCCCCUGUUUCGCAUUAAUGAAGGGCUUCUUCCUUGCUUUAAGGGACAGUCUGCCCUAACAGUGCAUUUCACACCUUUUGAAGGUCACUUGAUGUCAUCCUUUGGGAAACUGUCAGAUAAGUUACCAGUCAUCGCUGGCAUCAGACAGUCGGUUCCGUCCUUUACUUGGCUUUUUUUCCUAGUCGUUCCCAGUGUCUCCAGCUUCACCUUAUUUCUGUGUCCUGCUGUCUUAGCAGUUUUGAACCUGUUAGCAACCAGGUGCUCAGCAUAUCCUACUGCCAGCAGAGUCAGGGUUAAACCAAUAUUUAAAAAUGCAGAUUUACUUAACAAUAUAGAUUGGACUUUUUUUGGGCAUUGGACUUUUUUUCCAUGGCUGUGCCAUGUGUCAUAUUGUGCUACAUGUUUACUUUUUAUGCAAAUAAACUUCAGA